AUGGGGAACCUCUUCGGGCGGAAGCGGCGGAGCCGCGUCACGGAGCAGGACAAGGCGGUGCUGCAACUGAAGCAGCAGCGAGACAAGCUGAAGCAGUACCAGAAGCGGAUAAGUCUGAACCUGGAGCGCGAGCGAGCCUUGGCCCGGCAGCUGCUGAAAGAGGGGAAAAAAGAAAAAGCCAUGCUCUUGCUAAAGAAGAAGCGUUACCAAGAGCAACUUCUAGAUAAAACGGAAAACCAAAUCAGCAACUUGGAGCGGAUGGUCCAGGAUAUUGAAUUCACCCAGAUCGAAAUGAAGGUCAUUGAGGGCCUGAAAAUAGGCAAUGAAUGUCUGAACAAAAUGCACCAGGUUAUGUCAAUAGAAGAAGUAGAAAGAAUAAUAGGUGAAACCCAAGAUGCUGUGGAGUACCAGAGGCAAAUAGAUGAGAUACUGGCUGGCAGCCUGACUGAGGAAGAUGAAGAUGCCAUUCUAGAAGAAUUAAACGCUAUUACUCAGGAACAGAUGGAGCUUCCAGAAGUUCCUUCGGAGCCACUCCCAGAAAAGAUCCCAGAAGCGUCACCCAUCAAGAACAGGCCAAAACCAGAACUGGUGGCAGCAUCUUAACUCCCACGUCUGGGGAUUCCCCCACAUAACUUUCACCCAGGACAGUUUGCCAUCCCAGCGUUUGCUGGGAACAAGCAAUGCCUUGGCAGCAUCCCAGCUGUGCUGGGCGGAUUGUGGAGCAGGAUUCCCUGUGCAGGGUGGGGAACCUCAGCUGAUUAUUGCUCUUGUAUCAAGAUUAUUUUCUAGUGCUUUCUUUUUUUGUAACUUAAAUUCUAAACUCACUCAGCUGCGCUGUCUCGGGAUUAAACAACAACUCUAAAACUUCGGAAGCCAAAUGCUUUCUUUAGGUUUGGUUUCAGUGGUAAAUCUGCCUUUGCUCCGACUGAAUCCCCAGGAAGUCUCACCCUUGGAGCGAUUGUAUUUGAAGCGGCUGUCCUGGGCAUCGGGCUGGGCGAGAACGAGCCACUGUUUUCCGGAGCCCUCCAGACCGCACUGGUGUCUGCACUCCUCUCGGUCCCUUUGCUUUUCCUCUUCUGAUUCUGUUUGUGGAAGGGCUGCUGGUGUCCCUUGUCCUCGUGUAAAUCGGACUGGCUGGCGUGUCGGAGGCUGUGAAGGGGCACGGGCAGAGUGCAGGCAGCCUGGAAGAAGGCGGCAAGCCUGAGCUUCCGCAGGCAGCGACGCGUCAUGCUGCAGGUUGAAAAUGGUUGUGUCAGCCUUGUGUAAAACCAGCUUAUCUGUGAGGGUGUUUCAUUGCAGCAAAGUUCAGAAUGGUCACUUGGCUUUGCAUUCCCUGGCAGCGGCGCUGAUUGGGGGAAAAGCCCGAUCUCCGCACGGGGUGAAGAGCUGGCCUCUGGCUGGGCGUGAGUCAGAGGCGGUUGGUACCGAUUCCCAUUCAGAUCCCGCUCUGCCUGCCUGCCCCUGGUAACCCAUGGUGCUGAGUGAGACCUGGGGUGACAGAAAUCUGAGGAGCCUCUUAAAAUUACAGCAAGGAGUCUUCUGCCUGUGCUAUGAGCCAGGAGUCAUCCCUUGUUGGCUCUGCACCAUCAUCAGAGUUCACCUUUGCAACGUUCAGAUGGGCUGAGAUUGACUCUGCUUCCAGUUGUCAGCUUGCGUUUGAUAUUUCAUCGUAGGGUCGGAGACAGGAAAGGUCAGGCUGGGGUAAAGUGAGGCUCCUUCUGUACCAGACAUGAGGCGUGAAGCUUCUCCACUCAACACCCCAAAGACUCUGCUCAAUAAGUAGUUGGAGGGGAGACCAGUUCCUUCUGAGCCCGCUCUGUGGAGGACGGGCUGGUGCUCGGCGCGGUGUAGCGGGGCGCUCGGGUCGGGGAUGGUGAAGUGUUUGGAAAGCUGCCUGCCCAGCCAGGUGGUGGGCAGAUUGAGCUGUUCUUGGAAGCAAGCUUGCCUGCCAGCUUGCAGACACUCUUCAGGACACUGCAGAUCUUUAUUUAUUACGUUCUUUGAGCCACAACCCUUAAUCCCUGUUUCUGCGACAGCAGGAGGACCCGGAGGGUCCUGGGAGAGUUUUUAGUGACUGCCUUUGGGGUUAUGUGAUCUGGUGCUAGACAAUAAUAAGUAAUCCCGGAG